AUGAUGCAGUGUAUGAGUAGGGCAGUUGUGGGGCUGCCCCGGAGACUCGCCACCUUUCCCAUCCAUUCGAGAAGCUUUUUCUUAAGUCAAGGCAUGCUCGCCCCAAAGGUCAAGUCAGGGAAAAAGGGACAGGAUAAAAAAGAUAAUCGGGGGGGAGCGACCACGGACAGUACAGAGGAGCAAAAGGCACACAUCUUUAACAUCUACAAUACAGUCGAGAAGGAUCAUGAAAUUUUGCCUGACCAUGCCUACCCCAAAUGGCUGUGGGAAUUAGAAAAACCGAUGAAGAGCUAUGGAGAGUUGGCACUGAUGUUCCUCUACGGAAAGGCCACGGCAGAUGAUUAUCAUCGCUUUCGGAGGCUGCACAACAAAAAUCUGAUUAAACUGAACAACAUGAGGCUAAAGAAGUCCAAGCGGUCGACGGUUAAGCCAGUUUUUUGGGACCUCUAG